AUGUUGUUGUCUGUGGGGAAAAGUCAGUGUUUUGGCAGUACUCUGCGAUGCAAUGCAAGGUGGUUAGGGACAAGCUUUGCUUUCCCCCCCUCACGAGCGACGCGGAGUGGCUCUGACAAGGAACGGUCCGGGAGGAUCGAUUUGACCUCUGACUUGAGAAAGAGUGCUCGUGCCAACUCACGGAAUAAUCCGAGUAAAAACGUCGAUCCGAGGUUGGUGAAACAGUUUGCCAACGAGUCCAUCUACGACCCGUUCGAUUUCUCCCUGGAAAGAAUCAGACUCGACAGGAAAUUCAGGUCCACGGAGAAGCCUCUUGGCCCGGUCAACCCAAUGAACUUGUAUUCGUCGCCAGAGAUGCUCGUCCGGUACGUCUCCUCGUCUGGGAAAAUCUUGCAUAGCGAUGUCACUGGGCUUGCCCACAAGGAUCAAAAACGGUUGGCGAAGGCGAUACGGAGGUGCCAGGCCAUCGGACUUAUGUCGAAGACUUCAAAUGCGUACAAUAAAUGA